AUGAAGCUGUUCGCGAUCUGCGACAUCGAGGGGUAUUGUUUCGUCAGCAGCGUAGACGGUGGAAUGAACGGGGACCCGAAGCUGAGGGUUUGGUUCGACUGCCCACUGGGGCGGACCACUCGCCACGUCCUACAUGUCCUACUCGGCGCCUGCAAGAAGUUCGGUGACAAGAUCGACGGCUCUGGCGUGUACAUCGCAAUGGACAACUACUUCACAAGCCCGACCCUAUUCGAGUGUCUCGCGAGCCACGACAUCUUCGCGGUGGGUACGUGCCGGUCAAACCGAACGGGUGGUGCCGUGCCUUACUUGCAGAGCCUCGAUCGCCGCCCCGUCGAAAGGGGAGAGAUGCACUUUGCCCGCGCCGGCAAUGUCGCAUUCGUGCAGUGGCUAGACUCGAAGGAAAUCAUUCUGUGCAGCUCCAUCCACAUCGCCCAACCUCACGCCGCCAUCGGGGAGCCCAAGAAGGAGGACAGCGACGGCGGCGAUGACCACUUCGCACCUCUACCGUACAGGUGCUUCGUCUGUCCCCUACCAUCCCGUCCCCAUCCGUUCAUGUUCAGUCUGCGCAAAGCUGGUCAGGCUGGGAAAAGCUUGGAGCUACAGCAGCCGUGGAUGCGCAAGGAUUAUGUUGCCAACAUGGGGGGAGUAGACACGGCUGACCAGCAGAAUGGGUCCCACACCCAUGACCACAAGUCGUACACGAACCACUGGCGACGAGUGAUGGAGGGCAAGUUUGAGCAGACGUUCACCAACAUUUUUGUGAUGUUCAAAAAGUACGUGUCCCUCUUGGAGGAUGAGGCCAACAAGAGGAUCAAGGGAGGAGGCCUAGAGCUUGAGGUGGUGGAGAAGUUGGAUAGGGUGUUGGUCGAACUGGGCAGGUUGGCCAAGAUGGAGAGGGCGGUCUGGGACGAAAUGUUGUCGACGGAGCUCAUGGCGAGGUGCAAUGUUGGUAGACCGAACAAGGGGGGGAGACCGGCGGCGGUGACGGGUGCCCCGGACAAAGUGUGGGGGAGCAUUUCGGUGAAGACUCAACGCAAAUGCAUGCACCCCGGAUGCAAGAGUAAGACAUCGAAAGGGUGUGCCUGCGCGGAGCUUUGUGUUGGCAAACAGGCAGGGGACCGGGGUGUUUUGAUGUGCCAGACAUGCUUCAACAACCCUGUGAGACACGCUAGGGCCGGAGAUGCUCAUCGGAACCCCCACAAGUACGGGGUGGUGGGACGCAAGGAUCUCGUCUGGUGGUCGUGA